AUGAAAGACGGAACGGCGUCGUUGGUGCGUUUACUCGGCACUUUGGUCGCCGUGUUGCCGGCAGCCAGGCCGCAGAUUACCAGGCCGAACAUCGUUUUCAUUUUGGCCGACGAUCUGGUAAGCGACUUAAAAUAAACGAAAAAAAAAACCCCCCAACGACAAAAACGAUUUAAUUAAAAAACAUAUAUUUUCCACCGUCGUGACUGACACUAAUCGGGUCUAAUGAAAAACCCCCGGCAUUUCUCUUGUCAUUGUUACGAUUUUUAUUUCUUUCCGUCGAGCGUUUUAUUAUAUAGUCGAAUGUAGUUAAUGAAACUCAAAAAAUCCCUAAGGUUUUUUCGUUUUCUUAUUUUACGUUGACGUUUUAUACGAUUUCGUAAAAUCAUGGCCUUGGGUGUCGUACUCGAUAUCGAGUUUGUAGUUAGGUGUAUCUAUACUCAUUUAUUAGAUAACAAUUUAAUUUAUUUAUGUGUUUUUAUUAUUUUUUUUUUUUUUAACUCGAGACUAGACAUAUUGGUAGGUACUUAUAUUUUUGUAGUACAGAAAAAAAAAAUCGAUUUUGAAACAGUAUUUUUUUUUUUUUUUGUGCCAUUCGUAUAGUACACACUAAACGUGUUUAUUAUAUUGUAUUAUAUAAUUUUGUAAAAGGUUUGAGUAUAUUAUUAUUGUUACGCAAUAAUUUCGAUCAGAGCUCUUAAUGUCACUAUUAUUCUAUACAGCUCUGUAGUCAAUAUGUAUACCGUCGUAAGAAUAAUAAAAAAAAAAUAGUAAAUUCGCUGAAAUCCAGUACGUGUGCAACCUUCCGAUAUUCAAUUAUACAAAAAAUUUAUAAUUGUAUAAUUUUCGAGUAAAUCAUUUGGUAAAAAAAAACACAUUACAAUAUUUACAAUAUUUUAUUUAUUUGCAUAUACAUAUAGAUAUAAAAAAAAUAAAACAGUCUUGACACAUUUUGCACUGUUUGUUGAUCAGUGUAUGACGGACAUGUCGGGUGAUUUAGUUGAAAAUACUGAAUAAAUACCAAACAAUGUAAAUAAAAAAACAGCUUUAAGCUCUGUUAAACGUUGUUUUUUUAACAACUCGUGAAAAAUUAUGAGUGUAUUAUAUCUCACGCAAAACAUUUAAACUUCAUAAAUUUCCAAACCUCUUAAAUUGUGUAUUUCGCAUAUAUAUUUUCAAUUAGGUACGAAAUAAUUUACAAUUAUUGUUCGUGCAGUGUUUAUCGAAAAUUCAAAAUUCAAACCACAAAUAAAACGUAUAGUAAACUGUGAAUGAAUGGUUAUAUUUUUUGUUGAGGAACGGGCAUUUAUUUAGUUAAAAUAAUUUAACGAACAAUGCCUAAUAAAGUACUUAUUUACAUUAUAAGGCGUUUGAAAUUUGGAAAAUAAUAUUUUACUUUGUGGAUCCAAAUCAACGUGUUGUUGUAUUUAAGUCAAAUAAAAAAAAGGCCGUGAAUUUGUUUGUUACCAUUAAUCAACCAAUGGUAGCAAAAAGUAAUGAUUAGUUAUUUCACGCGAUCCACUACAUAAUGAGGCGGAGAAAAAUUACUUACCUCUGGAAAAAAAUUGUUCGAAAAUUACAUUGACCUGUGAGUAAAGCUGGGCAAGUUAAUGAAUAAUAAUAAUUCAAUUAAGUUAAUUUGAACAUUUGAUUUUAUCGUGAGAUUAUUAUUACUUUUUACAAUUAUACAAAACUGUUAUUUUCAUUGUAAAAAUGAUUAAACCUGUUUUUUUUUUUGAAAUAACGAUGAAUAAAUUUAAACACGAAGGUGUUUCUGGGAAUAUCAAACUAUCAAAUUAUACCUGAUACUUGUUUUAAAUUCUGAACUCCAUUCAUAUAACUGAGGGGAAAAAUUAUUAUUUGUGCAUCGGUAAUGAUUCAAACAGAGUAACAGAUUGUAAAUUUAAUAUUGUGUAAACUAAAAGAAAUUGAAAUUAACUAAACUGUAUGUAAUUCAAAUUUGACACGUUAUUUAUUAAACUAAUGUAAAUAAAAAUAAAUUUAGUUACGAGUUAAGUCAAUCCUAAAAUCUACGAUUAAAAGUUAAAAUUAACUUGAGUUUUUACCAACAUAUUAAUUAUGUAACUUUAAUGUCCUUAAUGACCAUUCUCGGCUUUAAGUGUAUAUGGGAAUGCGAGAGACGGAAAAAUGAUUAACUAGAAACGUUGUACAACGUACCGAACGGCCUAACAUGAUCGGUUAUCGAGGAAAAGAUCCCACCAACGGUAGUUGGAUGUAUUAAGGUGAAAAUAGAUAUCACAGAUGUGUCGACGAAAAUAAAUGCCAUAAUUGUCGCGUGUCAAUCCGAUACGAUAUUAUUAUAAUAUUUUGACAUUUCCGAGUGCGGCUCGAUUUUCAUGAUUUGCCUACAAUAUAACUGACGAAGUGCACGUUCUCGCGGAUCAAAACGGUUGCGCAAUAAAUGCUGUUAUUUAAAUUUAACGAGUUCGGGUCUGCUAUUACUUUAUAUGUAUAUAUUUAUGGAUAUUUGUGUCGUAACUUAUUCUUCGGAGGCGAUAGUUUCACAUACGUCAAAUUCGAUUAUUUUCCCCGAUCGUAACGAUUCCGUAGCUCGUAGUUUGACGCGGAAACGAACGAUUUAUAACGCCUUACAAUAACAAUUACAACAAAAUAAUAAAGUAAAAACUAAAUGAUUAAAACGUUUAAUACUCGUAAAUAAAUAUAUAAAUAAAAAAUUUGUGUAUCAAAAUAAAAAAGACGGCCUAGGAUAAUGGGGACGGGUGCAGCCACUGUUAUAGGUAAUUUAAUGUAUGCCCGUAAGCAACGAUAUAAACCAUCGCUUACGAAAAAACGAUUCUGAGCGGAGUUCAGUUGAUAGUGAUACUUUCUCAACAAUACAUAUGGUGUAUGCCAUAUUAUAGUAAAAUAAUUAAAUAGGCUCUAGAUAUAUUCAUGAAUAGUAUUUGUUUAAUAUUGUUAUUUAUUUGUUUUAGGAAAAACGACCUCUUUAAAGUAUGAUCAGUGAAAUUUUCUCUCAGAAACAUUGCUACAAUUAAAAGUCGGAGAAAAAUAACUGGUAGAAAAUUUGACCACAGAAAAAAAAAUAAACAUCUUUGUAAAAUCAUAAGAUUCUUCACUCCAUUUUGAAUCUAAAAUAAUCAAUAAAAUAAUGAAUGCGUCGACUGGAGUAUUACGAUAAGUGUAUUAUACGACCGGUUUUGAAUUAAAUAUUUAUCAUCAGGUUUAUCGCAUUCAAAAUGUAAAACGCGAAUCAGUCUUUGACUUAGUCUCAGUCGUGAAUUUUUAAUUCAAAACCGGUCGUAUAAUACACUUAUCGUAAUACUCCAGGCGAGGCAUUUUUUCUUUUAUUUAUUAUUUUUUAUUUUUAUGUACACAUUUUGUAUUUAUAUAUUGAUUUACUAUAUUUAUCAAUAAAAAGUAAACUCCGGUCUACGAUACACAAUAAUCAGUGUUCGGCAGUCGUAGAAUUUAAUCAUUUUCUUGGCGCGUCAUUAAAUCUAUAGCAGAAUGUUACGGCACGUUACAAUACGAGUUCAAAUUGCUGACGAUUUCAACGAUUUUCCAUAUGAUUUCAAAAUAAUUUCUUUUUUGUAUUCUAUUAUCAGACUCUUAAUUCCUUAUCUUAUUAUCUUGUCUACUUAUCGUGUCGAUGAUCGCUGGACGUGAGACAAUAUUCGUGCAUUCCACGCGUGUAACUUUUCAAAGUGAUUCAAGUAUUAACAUACGAAAUGAUUUGUUUGUUUUUUUCGACAAUUUAAAAUAAAAACUGCUACAACUGUAAUCACUCACCCGAAUCUUAUCUGUGACGACGCUAAGUAUUUUUUAUGAAACAAUAUUGUACUUAACCUGGCUAAUCAGAACGAGUAAGAAAAAAGUUUUCAUAGUCUGAGUGAUCGUGAAUUUCAGUUUAUUUUACGUUCAAAGAGCAAUAAACCCCUGUUUCAAUACGUUACGUUACGUAAAUACCGAAAACGAUCUUGACAUUAAUAAUAACACGCGUACCUCUUAAUAAUGAUAAUAGAGUAGGUAUGCAAUAUGCAAAUGAUCAUUGGCAUUGCAUAUUAUUAUUAUUUUGUAAAUAUUUUGCGGUCCUUGCGGUCGUCACACACCGGCCGAAACGAAAUUUACGGCAUCUCAAAAGUUACCAAAACGAAUGUGCAAUUCUAACUCAUAUCAUACCUAAUUAAACAUUUUUUUAACGGGCAUUUUUAAAAUUUCGCCCGUUUAGAGUCUUACAUAUUAUUAUCAUACAUGUAGACUUAUUUUAAGGAUAUCUUUUGUGUCCAAACGGCUGCCUAGUAGAGUAAUAUUAAGCUUGUUGUGUGUUUACUAGGAAGUAAAUGAAUGAUUUAACAUAAUAUAUUUUGUAACAACUAACAAAAUAUUUUAUUUUAUAAUAUAGAAAAUACUCUCGCUGAUGAUCGGAAGGUUAACCGGGGAAGGUCGAGAGGUUAAAAGCAAGGUUCGGUUUAUCUGCUCAAGGGAAUUUUUUUUUAACGGGGAAAGUAGACAAUGUUAGCAAGAAACAACGAGAAUAGAUGUGAAGAGAAUGUUCUACAAAAGAUGAGAUGUUUUAAAAUGUCUAUCAAUUUCAAUAACUGUCGAUUUUUAUCCAAUCUUUUUAUUUUUGUUUUCGAAUUUGCUUCAUUGUACAAUAUGCUCGUAUAUUAGAGGUGUUUGAAUACAAUCGCGUUAUACCUAGAAGAUAACGUUUUUAAUCUAUGCGUUUAUAUGGAAAUCGAUACAUUUUUCAUUUUUCAUUCCCACCGAAAAAUUCGUAUCGUCAAAAAAAAAAAAAAAAUACAUAAAAUAUUCCGAUCGCUUUUUUUUUUUUUAUGGAAAACUCUAAACAUAGUUACCUACCUACCUACUAACCUAGCCGGACAUAAUAUAAUAUCGAAUGACUCAAUCGGUUAAAUCGUUCAAUAGACGCGGAAAUGGUUUCCGUAAAACGAUAUAAUAAUAUAUUGCACGCGGAACACUUACCAAAAUAUAUUUUACACUAGGUACACCGAUAACUGUAAUCAUUAUCGAUUUUUUUUUUUUUUAUUCCACAUCUAUUGGACACGUGAACAAAUAUACACAAUGAUUAUAAUAUUUCAACUGGGUCUUUUUUUUUUUUCAACCGUAUUUUAUAGAAAAAAAUUCGUCCAUUAUUUAUUAUUCGUGUAAUAUCAUUGUCGAUGAAUAUUCAAAAGAAAAUACGAUUUUUUUUUUUCUUUCUAGAUUCUAAGUGAGACGAGUGUUGGUCUGCUUUUUAUUAUAUUUUUCUUUGUCUAUGCGCGAGAAAUCUUGAUGCAAUCACCAACAUUCGGGAUAGUUUUUGGUAGACAAGUUUUUAUCUAGUGUUGGUGAAUUUUUGAUUUUCCAUGUAAUUUUCUUAAUAAUUGGAGAAAUUUUAGGAAAAAAUGGAAAAACUUACUCAAUAACGGUUUCUGUUAAAAAAUUGUAUUUUUAUUUUUCAGUUUUAACUGGUUUUUAGUAUUUAUAUUGCACGAAACUUUGACGGUAAUAUUUUUUUCAAAUAUCAUACAUUUCAAAAUAGGUUACACGUACAUUGUGUAUUAUUGAAUUUCACCAGCGCGGGCCAAGAAAGUACAUACUCGUAUUAAGACAUAGGUACCUAGAUAAUAUAAUAUAACGCGUUGCAUACUUGCAUCUCGACGAAUAUUGACAAAAGUUUUUUUCUCUGCGUUUUGCGGUCAAGUCGAUGAAGCUGAACGCAAAAAAAAACCUAAAAUUAAUGAUUUAUUAAAUAACGCGAUAUUUCAAACCGUGAAAAAUAAAAUAGCGUUAUUCUAUUAUACGAUACCUACUUAACGCCGACCGAUCAUCGUUCGAGACGUGUAGUGUAUAAUUUUUAGUCUCGCAGAAUCCGAAAGCGUAGGUAAUAGGUCGACAACUGUACUGUCGUUCGGAAAAUGUACAAACACGAUUAGACAUGACAUUGGCCUUGGAUACGCGGGUGAACAAAAAUGCAGUAAAACAAAUUUAAUACUAGUAGUGCAGCGAAUAUUGCAGCAACGAACGCAAUGGUAGGGGGAACGGAAGAUUGAAUUGGCUCUCGAAAAAUGUACAAUUAAAUCGGUUCCCGAAUAAUAUUAUUAUCGAAGGCGUUCUUAGAACGCUCCUAUUCGUACAUUCGCCGGAUAUUUGCCAUUUUUUUAUACUCGCCAAAAAUACAGUUCCAAUAGUUCAUAUGAUCAUCGGUCUAUGAUGCAGUAUGAACAAUAUUGCCGGAUUCAAAUGGUUCGCAAUUAAUUGUACUAUUUAAAUAUCUUCCAUGAAAUAUGUAAAUGUUAUUUUUGACAGUGUAAGUAUCAAUCGUACUAGCGCGUUUACUUAUAGUGUUGAACUAAACCCAGCGACACAGUAGGGUUAUAGUUGAUUGUGCGGUACCGAUUAGAGCGAAGAAUUUGUGUGCACGCGUAUGUACAUUAUUUACGUCGUGGAAAACAACUUUUAUACUAAAUUCGUAUAUAAUUAAUACGAUAUCGGUGAACCGGUAUAUUUUUGGAAAAAAAAAACCGUGUAGGAAGCCAGUUUAGUGUUUUCGAACGGUAAAAUAUCGAUUAUCCGUAUUCGGGAGCCAAUUUAACUGUUCCAACUAUUUUACCCUCCUCCCUACGCCCCGAAAUGUUUUCCCGCGUUCAACCCCCGAAACAAUGCCUAUUCAUAAUAUUGUAUUGCGUUUGUUCCACAUUAUUAUUAUCGGUUAUCUGUUGGUAAAUUACUACAUUAUUGUUAUUAUAUUAGCGCUGCAACACAGGUCGUUUGAUAUUAUUACGUUCGUAUUUCGGAACGAGAUAUUGUAUAAGUAUCGAAAGAACAAUAGUAAUUAUAUCACGAGUCUGUUGUACAAUAGAAAAAUGUUAACGUGUUUCUUCAUCUGAAAUUGUGCCGUACCGGGAUCACAAACAUAUAUUAGGUAAGACAUAAAACAUGUUUUAACUGCAGUUAAAACAAAUGGAAAUUUCGCUGCAAUGUCAGCGUAGGUGUAUCGAAAAAGGAGUACACAUUUUUACACCCAAACGAUGUCUAAAUGUUUUUUGAACUAUUACCAUUUUUUUUUUUUUUUUCAGAUAAAUUAGGAAGUAUUAUUUAGCGUAUCACAGGAACAAUAAUAGUAAUUCGGUUUGAUUCUUUAAAAAAAAAUGUGAUUUUCGGAAUAAAGACGGGAAUGGACGAAUGUUUUCUCAUUCAAAGGAACGUUAUCUAUAUUAAACAUUAAUAAUAAUAUGAUGAUGACAAAUUCGAUUGUUCUGAAUAUCGGUUAUUAUGCCAAACUAACCAGCUUGUUGUUCCGAACCCGAUCUGCUCCAAGGAAGUCCUACGUGUGAACCAAAAACCCAGUCGAUUAAAAUCCACGAUGGGUUUAGACAAUAUGGAGAGAAAAUGGAAAAAACCACGUCAGUUAGAUCACAAAAAUUGUUUACAGGAUUCUAUGUUUCGAAGUUAUUAACUGAUCGGGUUUCCGUAACUUCGAGUAGGAAAGUUCAUUAGUUUUAGGUAAAUCGCAAGCAAAUACCUACUAUAAACUAAUAUAAUAUAUUAUAUUAAUAAUAAUUAUAAAAUUAUUUUGUAUAUAAUCUGGUCACCAUAUUUUUUUUGAUUCGCAGCAAGCAGGAAUGAAUAUUUUGUUACUUAUAAUUUGUGCGUUUUUGUAUACAUAUUUUUUAUUUUUGUGUCUGUGAACAACUUUCAAACAGAAAUCUUUCUCCAAUCAAAAAAAAAAAAAAAAAACACCAGAGCUCUUUUGUUGCAUUUAAGAUCUUAUUGGCGUAUUGAAGAUCGGUUAUAAGGAUUUUAAAACGCCUCGACAUUGCGAUUUUUAAGCGAUUAUGAUGGACCAAAACAAUUUUAUCCACAUAAAACCAAAAGGAAACAAAAAAUAACUUGAGCAUUUUAAAUGGCUUUAAUGAAUAACUCAAAAGUCACCGGAGUAUUUUUAAAUGUUUACUAUGUCUAGAAAUUAGUAACAUACAUAUUGUAAUGUAAAUAUUGCAAGUCUCAACGAUUAUUUUUAACUGAAAUCCAAAAAAAAAAAAAGAAAAAAGAAAGCUUUCUCGUCUUUCUUAUGUAUUUUUUAUUCCGGUUUGUCCAGAUUACUCAGAAUACUUAAAGGAAAACGCAAAAUACACGACCUUCCGUUGUACCGACUAGACACCAUAUUUUCUACCGGAAACAUCUCUCUCGAAGUGGGCGGUCGGAGCAGCGUGAUUUCUGGCGGAAAAAUCGUUCGGAAAACGCACGCAUCACACGUUUUAGUAAAAAUCAAAUAUUCAAGCCUUUCUCGUUGUAUUAUAUAUCCACGGUCUUGUUCGGUCGGCGGUGACGUGACGUGUGCGUGUGAGAAUAAUAACAUAAUAAUGUUAUUACUAUUAUUAUAAUAAUCGUUGAAUCAUAUUAUUUAUAAUUUCCGUCGCGGUUAUAGUUUAAUAAGAUUAUGUUUGUCAGCUGUCGGUCGAGAGGAAAUCAGUUAUAGGUAUACCCGCCCAGAAAUGGCACGCGUAUCCAUUGUACGUACCUACGCUUAUUAUCAAAUGUAGAAUGUGUAGAAUGUUAGACGGGUGCCUAAUACGUAAUAUUAUUUCCGCGUAAACUCUAUCGUGUCGGCAGCAGAAUUUGCUCUGCGUCAGAAACGAAUCCCGCAAAAAAUAAGUGCCAAAUGUAAUUUUUUUUCUUUUUUUUUUUUUUUUUUUUUAAACGAUACGACAAAUAAUAUUAUUUUUAUACGGCGAUGACCGCGUGUAAUAUUAUUUAUACAAUCGAUGAUCAAGCGCUGGGAAUUUCUCGCUUACGAAACGCUCGCGCUCGAAAAUCUCGUCGCGAAUAUAGACAAUAAUAAUAAUAAUAAAUGACCGGCCUACUAACCUUGCCGUUCGAUAGUGUUUUUUUUUUUCAACGUCUACAUUCCGACCGUCUUAGUCGAGCGUGACGUGUCUGCCGCGCAGUCAUUACACGGGUAGGUUGAAAAAACGAGCCCCCAUUUAAAGAAGGACUUUUUUUUUCGUUUUUUCGUCAAAUGUGCAAAUGGAAAUAAUGUUAAAUUCGUUAUAAUAUCGCAACAGAGUGAACGGCUUUGAUUCGUAUUCUAGACGGGGAGCAGGAAGUUUUGUCAAAUUCACAGUGCACAUUCAGAGAUAAAGUUUCCUUUCGGGAAAUAAGCUACACUUGAUACGUCGGAGCAAGAUCUCUGGUAGAAAAGUACGCACAACAAAUCGAGGGGUAUUUUUCAAUUAAAAUAGUCCGAGAAAGCGGAUCUCGGGUCUCUCUAGGUACAUCCAAAAUGCAUUUGUUUUCUCCUUGUUUAGAUAAAAAGGAAAACAAAUACAAAACCUUUUUUUUUUUUGUCACACUGGUUCGAACUCGGAACUCCUAGGAUCAUAAUAGGCAUGAAUAACCAUUAGAUCACAACGAAUAUACUCAAUUGCACUAAAUUUAUUUAACAUAACAUAUUAUGUCCGCAUAAUAUCAGAACUUUAAAAAAACUAUAAUUUCGGAACUAAGACAGUCCGCUUAAUUAUGACUUCACCAUCAUUCUUAAAUAGGCGAUUCCCUUAAAAAAAAAAAAAAAUACUACAUCAGACACAAUUUUUUUUAUCACAAAGUAAGACUUUUAAUGAACCUCCUGUUAAAUUUUGAAGCAUUUCUGUUUAAGUCUAAUAAUUUUACCACAAUGUACCUAUUGAAUAAAUAUUACGUACAAAAUUUCUCAAAAUUAAAAUGUUUGUAAAUACCUCAAAAAUGGUUUAAAUAUUUUGAAAAUUUUACCACGUCUAGAAAAUGCAAUUAUAAGUUUUCUGUCCAAAUUUCAAGUCUAUAAAAAUAUUUUUAACUGAAUUAUAACAAAUAAUAAAAUUAAAAAAUAAAAACAACAUUAUUUUCGUAAAUUCCCGUUUUUCUUAAGUUUAUCCUGGUUUUUCCCAGAUAUUAUGUAAACCGAUUGGAAAAUCAAAAAAUUCCUUCCCAAAUGUACCAUUUAGACAAUAUUUCCUUUGAAGAAAUGAUGCUGCGCGUACAUAUCUGAGCAAGAUUUAUGGUCGAAUCUGUGUACACAAAAUAAAAAAAAAAAAAAAAUAUCUUUGUAAAAUUAAUAUAUUCUUCGCUACAUUCAAAAUCUAAAACAGUUCAUGACAGAUGUCUGUUAUCAUUGCGGAAUAAACAUUACAGAUUUCAGAUUACAAUUUGAUAUUAUGUUCACCGUAGUUGUUCGAUUUUGGAUAAUAUAUUGUUUAUGUUGUAAUUGUAUUUUUUGAACUAAAUAAAACACCUGUCUACAUUAACUGCAAUGUUAAAUAAUUUUCUUUUCUGAACAGCGUUCAUUUUCAUUGACACAUUUCUUUUAUUCGCUGUCUUCUUUGGGGAUUUCGUUUUUUACUUUAAAACAAUUAGAUACACAACACAGUGGUAAAACAAUAACAUAAAAUUAGUCCAAAUUACCGUUUGUAUGUUUCAUUUUUACACGUUCAAAAUGGUUGGAAAUCCUAAAACUACACGGUGUUUAUCUUUAAAAAAUGUUUUACCGAUUUCAAAACGAUUUAAAAAACUGUUUCCGUGAUACGGAAAUGUUAUGAGUUAAAAAUGUUUUAAUAAACGUAGAAAAUAUUUGUUUAUGGAUUUUUGGGCUCAUUACCAGAGAAACAAACAUGAAUAUCAAUUUAUUUACAAUGAAUGAAACGAUUCAAAGACAGUGAUAAGAUGGAUAAUAAUAUAAUAAUACACGUAUAACAUCAUUAUUGACUGGCCUGGAUCAUAAUUGUUUUCGGAACCAUAUUGUAACAUUAUAACCGCACAAAAAGUCUUGAAAAUUCGGAACAUUAGAAAUUUAGUUUUUAUUAAAUUGAUCGAAUUUCAAAAAACAAAAUUUCGUCGCCGUAUAUUACGUCGUGCAUAAUACGAAUACGAGUACCUAGUCUGUACAAUUGGGGAGCGCGAAAAAAAUUAAUAGCUUAAAAAAUUGAAUUCUAUGCGCGUAUCAUAAUAUUUACUCCGAACCAAACUUUGAUUACCCCUACUACGGGUUCUAAAAAAAUUACAUUACAAUAUUAUGUAUAAUAUAGAGGAUGAUGGAUUAUGUAGGAAAAAUAUUGGGGGUCAUAAAAGUAUGAGUGAAACGAUGGUAAUGUCCUUUGGUAUAAUUUUAAACAGUGUUGUAGCCGAAACGAAUACAAUUAUUAAUAAAGACGUCAUAUAUUUUUUUUUUUUUCAGCGAAUCUGUUCGCACGCGCUUCUUCGCCAGUUAAAUGCAUUUACGUUAUUUAUAGGACCGCGUUGCAUCAAGUUUAAAAUCCAAAUCGAUUUAGUCGCUUAAAAUUGUAGUCCAACGAUUAAUGCGUUGUACGAAACCGAGAUCAUUUUUCGAGGGCUUUCUUUUUUUCAUAUUCCGUCUAAUCGCAGAAUAAUCGUCUAUGAGAAAUAAGUGAAAACCAUUAGUUUUGUAGCUGUGGUUGAGGAUUGACUAAGAUCAAACGUGUUUAAUGACACGUGUCAUACGUUGUUUUCACGCAUCGUUAUUUUUUCAUUUUACAUUAUAUCAUUUAUUAUAGUAAUUUUUAAGAUUGGCGUAAAACCAAAUUCACUUCGAACAAUAGUCUUUUAUAUUUUAUUUUUUUUCCAUUCCGAGAAGUCAUGACAAUUCUCUAGUAAUCAUGAUGUCGAUCGACGUACGAGUGUUUACAACAAUACUAUUACAUCACAAACUAUAAAUUUAACAAAAACUGUUUAAAACAAAACAAAUUUAAAUAGUAUCGUCAAUUAAUAUUGUUCAAGAUAAUCGAAAACAUUAAUUACCAUAUUAUAAUAAAUAAUAAAAUAAUAAAGUAAAAACAGAAUUAUUAAAAUGGUUAAUACUCGUAAAUAAAUAUCUAUAUUUAAACAUUAAUUGUUUUAUAUUCAAAUUGCAUACACUUUGACUGUGAUAUACCCGAUGAUGAAUUGUUAAUUCGAAACCGGUCGUAUCAUAAUCCUACAGGCGACGUAUUGAUUCAUUUAUUUAUUUUAUUUUUGUGUAUACAUGUUUAAUUUAUAUAUUAUAAUAUUUAAAGAUCAUUUUUCGAUUUUGUUUUAUGCAUCGUAAAAUCAGUGUCGAGAAAUCGAGACGCAAAUAUGUAUUAUUCAGCUAGAUAGAGAUAAAAUAUAAUUAAAACACAUAAAAAUAACAAAAGAUAUAAGGGAGAUGAUAAUGUAAACGGUUAUGAUAAUUUUGUAUGUACAAAUGAUGUAAAUCACUAACUAUUUCGAGUACCUAACUUAAACUACUACAGUUAAUGUAGUUCAUUAUGACUAAAUCAUUAACUUAAAGUUAGUAAAUUAAUUUAUCUAGUUAUAAAUAAAGUGAUAAAUAAUUAUUAACUUGGAUUGAAAUUUUCGUCUAAAUAAGUUAAAAGAUAAAAAAAAAAAAAUAGGUAUUUUGAAGAAUUAUCUAAAUAAGAAUUAUUAUUAUUAUUUUUUAUUUUGCAUAAAAUAACACUGAUAAAUAUUAUACGUAUUAUAUAAUAUAGUAUAGUGUUUAUGUGUUUUAUUAUUAUAUAGAUCAAAUAUAGUAUUUUUUAAAUUUUUAUUUUAAUAGGUACCUAAAUACCGAACUGUAUACUGAAAAUAAAAUAAAAAUCCAAGUUUUGCUAACAAUUACCAUUACCUACCUAAAUUGAAGUAUUCUGUUUUAUUUAUAAAAAUUUUUUGACAUUUUACAACAGUUACACACAACCCCAAAAUGGUAAAUUUUCUCUGGAAAUAACAACUUUUUUAGAUAUUAUGUGCAAAAUGCUGGGUAACCUAUUCGAUUAUUUUUCGACUAAAUUAUAAAUUGAAAAAAUUCGAAAAACCUUUUUUACACCCUAAAUAUCGAUCACUACAUAAAUUAUAUUAAAGUAUGCAAAUAAAACGAAUUUUAAAUACUGAGUAGAGCGAAGAAUCUUGUGGUUUUACAAAAAUGUUUAUUUUUAUAUUUUUCUGUGGACGACAUUUCUACCAGAAAACUUGCUCCGAUUUUUUACGUGUAGCAACUUUUCUAAAGGAAAAUCGGUGUAGAGAGGUACUUUAAAGAGGUCGUUUUUCUAUUUUCUUCGGAUUUUUCUCAGCAUAUGGGAAAAAACUGGAAAACCCGGGAAAACCGGUACAACAUUAAACAAAUAUUAUUACAGAAAAUAUACAGAGCAUACUUAGUUCUUUAUAUAAUAUAUAUCGUUGAAAAAGCAUCAUUAUCAACUGAAUUCCGUUCAUAAUCGUUUUUUCGUAAGCAAUAGUUUAUCGUUACUUACUGAUAUACAUUAAAUCCUACUUUCCCAACUUCCCAUCUACAACAACAGUGGCUGCACGCGAAGUAUGCCAGUCUUUUUUUUUUUUUCUUUGAUUCAGAGAAAUCGAAUACUAAAUAUCAUAAGUAAUAUCCGACGUCGAAAUAUACCUAUACGAUAAUAACAUUACGAGUAUAUCCAAUUACUUAUUAAUGUUUCGAUUUUUUUUUCCACGCCAUAACGUUAUAACAUUGUUACAAAAAAAAAAAAAAACAACACUCUAACCGUGAUUUUUGCCGUCUGCACACAGUACAGUAUUAUAUAUCCGCUACUAUACGUUGUACGUUAUGGCGGGUUUUAAAAUUAUUAUAAUAAAACGUAUUGUUUCGUUUGCACACCGCAGGGCUGGAACGAUUUGAGUUUUCACGGGUCUGACGAAAUCCAAACGCCAAACAUCGACGCUUUGGCGUUCAACGGCGUCGUGCUUAACAACUUGUACACGCAACCGGUGUGCACGCCGUCUCGGGUAGCUCUGAUGACCGGAAAGUAUCCGAUCAAAUUGGGUAAGCAACAAACGUAAUUAAAUAUUAUAAACGCACGCGUUACCGAUCAAAUAAUACGCGUGUAUACUUUUUUUUACAACGCAAACACAAUGUCCGGCCGUUUCUGGCAGUGACAUACACUGCCUAUUAUUAUAAUAUUUCAACGGACGAUUAAAUCCAAAACUGUCCGAAAUCGCAUAAUAAAUACGCCGUCGCCGCGCGCCCGUAUUAUCGUACGUUAUUAUGUUAUUAUGCUCCGGUAUGUUAUACGGUUACACCCGAACAACAACCGAAACUGUAACCAAAUAUAAUGAUAACGAUAAUGAUAAUAACCGCGUGUUUGUUAUUUGUCACGUUAAAGGUAUGCAAGGUCCGCCGACUUACGGGGCCGAACCCAACGGUUUACCGCUGACCGAAAAACUGUUCCCCGAAUACUUCAGGGAACUCGGGUACACGACGCGGGCCGUGGGCAAAUGGCAUUUGGGAUUUUUCCGGUCGGCUUACACGCCCACGCGCCGCGGUUUCGACUCGCAUUUCGGCUAUUACACCGGAUUCGUCGGCUACUACGAUUACAUACUCCAAGACACGGUGAGAUAAAACUUUUUUUUUUUUUUCUCAAACAAAAUGCGUCCGUUACCGACGCACACGGAGCUCCGUCACUAGAGUCAAAAAUUUCCGUCAAAAUAUAAAAAUAUAUUGUGAACUGUGAGAAAUGUUCUUCGCGAAACACUGUAUAACCCCGAAUUUUUCACGGUGUUAUACUUCUGAAAAAAUGACAGGAUUUCAACCCUGACAAUGAAAAAAGGGCGGGAGUUGAACUUUUUUAUAGGCCUACUCUCGAUACAAACGUGAUAUGGUAUAAAAUGUGUGAAAUAUUUCGUCCCUCCAGUAUCGUUUUAUGAGGGGUGGACGUGUUUCAAAAGAACACUAGACGUGUUCAAAAGUGACGGUCAAAAAAAAUAUACAGGUUAUAAUAAUACACCAAACCCAAUAUAUUUUCGGGGGAUAGCACCGUAAAAAAAAAAAAAACUACGAGUACCGAUAAAAUAAGAACACAAAUAAAAUAUGAGAUCUAAGAAAGUACAUAUAUAAAAAACAAUAAAAAAACUGAAUCUAUUUUGAAAUAAUGAUACAGUACCGGGACUUUGGCGAGUUCAGCGGUUUCGACUUGCGGAGAAACGAUUCGUUCGUGUGGGACGCGGUCGGCAAGUAUGCGACGGACGUGUUCACCGACGAAGCGGUCCGACUGAUCAAAGAGCAGCCCGCCAACAGACCUUUGUUCAUGUACCUGGCUCAUUUGGCCGUGCACACGGGCAACAAGGGCAAAUACUUAGAAGCGCCGCAGUCCGAAAUCAACAAGUUCAAACAUAUCGCCGACCCGAAUCGCCGGACAUACGCAGGUAUAUCGAUUACGAUCGUCUCCGGCUUAUUAAAUUGUGCGCCUUUCAUUAUUAUCGUUUUCCGUCAAACCGCUCGUACGCCCGAGUGCACUUUUUUUGUCUAUCGCGUGCCGUCGCCAAUGCAGUGGACAGAUAACGCGAAUUCACGCGUAAAAAAAAAAAAAAACGACACUAUCAAUUUUCACUGUUUAGAUUAUAUUAUAUUAGAUACGUCUAUAACAAUAGCGUUUUCCGUCCGGUUACACGCGUGGUAAGUGAUAUCACGCAUUAUAAUAUGAAGCGUAUCAUAAUAUAAUCGUGUAAUCGCAAUAUAUCAUUAAUUCGAUAAUAGUUAUUAAACUGGAGUAUACACUGAUCGUGUACAAAAUACUAAGGUACCAUCAAAACGUAAUGUGCCGCUAAAAUUGACGGUUUUAUUUUUUUUUUUUUUUUUUUUUUUUUUUACACGCGUGUCACUACACCAGCUUACAGAAUUUACGUUAUUUUCUACACUGGUGACGGCAGGUGACAGUAGACAAGUACUAAAACACCGGUGUAUUAGCUUGAUGGAAAACGCUACGUGUAUUUUAAUUUUGAUAACUGUUACGGUGUUAUAUAGUCGAUACAAACGCAUCAUUAUAGCAUAAAAACGACCGUUUAUAAUAAUAGUAUUUGUUUGUUUGACGUGUCACAGCGAUGGUGUCCAAACUGGACGAAUCCGUGGGUCGCGUGGUACAGGCGCUCGAGGCGAAAAACAUGUUGCACAACACCAUAAUCGUUUUGAUGUCGGACAACGGGUCUCCGUCUUACGACGACUCCGGUCGAAAUUUCCCACCCAACGUGGGCAUAACCGCCAACUGGGGUUCCAAUUUCCCGUACAGGGGCGUGAGUUUACAUUGUUUAUUAGUCAUAUUUGCCGCGUGUAAUAGUCUUGUUUCCGAUUUUUAUCGGCUCGCGCAAUAAUGAUUAUCACGUUUUGUUUUCCACAGGUGAAAAACACGCUGUGGCAAGGCGGCGUCAAGAGCGCAUCACUUAUCUGGACCCCUCGUUUCCAACAAAACCCUCGAGUGUCCCAACAGCUUAUGCACAUCACCGAUUGGUUACCGACUUUGUACUCGGCUGCAGGUAUUGUACGACAAAUAUUAAAGGACAAAUUUUAGAAAUUAAAAAUUUAAGACACUUGCAAAUUUUGACAAAAUAACAGUUUAAAUCCUCGAGAACGGGUUUUAUCAUUGUUUACCCCCCCCCUAAAAAUAUGUACGAGAAUGUUUUUAUGUUUCUAAAUACACAAUUUGAAAUUGUUACAAGUUGAACGUUUUACUUUUGGUAUAUCAAAUAUAUUAUUAGCAGCUUGAUAUUGCUCUUCAAAAUAUAAUACAUAAUAAAUAGUUUAUCAAAACACAGACUUUUUAAAAAAACUUGAUUUACCAACUAGCCUGAUAGAUAGGCUAAUAUACAGUAAUAUAUACAUAAAAAGUCAUCAGAAAUCGUGUAGUUUAGGAUACUUUUAAAAUCCUAAACAUCACAUCCGGGGCAUUUUAGUUCUAAUCGAAAUAAUUUUAUCUCAUUUUCAAUAUUUGAAAUCAUAAUAAUUGGUUGUCUAAAACAGUAAUCCGCACUUAUUUAAUAAUAUAGAUUAAUUUAAUAUUAAAAUCGUUUAGUAAACCGGUCCGCCACCAAAUACUCUCUAUGGAGUCGCAAAGUUUACUUACAUUCUGCGCCGUCUUUACCGUAAAGGAAUUUAUUGAUAAACUAAACUUAAAUGAUUUAUGAUUACUUUUAGGCGGAAAUCCGGGAUAUUUACCGAAAGACAUGGACGGACUCGACCAGUGGAUGUCACUCACGAUGGAUUUACCGUCCCGGCGUAAUUAUCUAUUGCUCAACAUAGACGAAAAAUUACGUUAUGCUGGAAUUGUCAAAGACAACUGGAAAUUAAUUGUCGGUACGUAUCGGUUUAUAAGCAACUUAAAUUCCCAACUACUCUUACUAUCAUAUCCGUGUACAUUACCAAAUUUCUUCAUCUACCCCACCGGAAGUAAAACCUCGAGCCAGUUUUUUUUGGCAAAAAAAUUAAUAAUAUUCACUUGGCUAAUAUUUUCUAUUUUGUAUCCAAAUACUAUGCAAUGGAUGGGUAACGGGGAGCCGGGCUGCAAGUACAUCGGUACAAUGGUCUACCCUUUUAACGUUAUCUAUAUUUGGUGAAAUAUUAAUUAUUUUGCUUUUGAUUUUAAAUACUGAGCGGAGCGAGGAAUGUAUUGGUUUUACAAAGAUGUAUUUUUUUUCCUUUAUACUGUGUACAAAAAUUCUACCGGAAAUCUUACUCCAGAGUAUUAAGUAUAGCAUCUUUUCUGAAAGAGAAUUUUUCUGAGGUGUUACUUUAGGGAGGUCUUUUUUGAUUUUUCCAAUAAAUGGGAAAAACCGAAGGAAAAGUGGGGCAAAAUGGGAAAAUAGGUACAUUAAUAAACAAUUAUUAUUAAAUAUAUAUACUAAAAUAUAUACUGCAUAAUAUUUAACUAUUUUACCAUAAUACGAUGUGUAUGUUUUUGACAAAGCAACACUAUUAACCUAAAUCCGCUCAGAAUCGUAUUUCGUUAUGAACGGUUAAUCGUUGUGCAUACAACAAAUUUUCUGUCUACCUUCUCAAUUUCUCAUCUACAACAGUGGCCCACCCAUCUCGCGAAGUAUGUCUUCUUCUACCUCUUUAAACACAAAUAUUAAAAUAUAGCCUAUAGGUGUCUAAUUAAAACACAUUAACUAUAGACAAUUGCAAUUUUUAAUUGUUAAGGAAAAGGUUUAUUCCUAAGUAUUCUGAUCUAUUAGUACCUACAGACUUCCUCCGCUGUAUAUCCAACUAGCCGUUAGUUAGCGAUAAAUGUCCUCUAUGCGCCCGGACAGAGGCAUUUUGGGGCUUUGGGUGAGUUUAAAAUGUGCCCACUUCCAGCCCUUCUUAUUUUGGUCCUUGGUCGUAUCUAGUAUCGUUUCUUCUUCUGUCGUCAUAUCGUCUUAAUCUAUUCUCUCUCGUUUUCUACGCUAUACAACCCAUGGACUACUUUUUACAAUUCUCGCCUCCAGUCUCGUCCGACCAGCAGAUCACACCAGAUCUCAACGUUCCGGAUGGUUAUAAUAUUAUGACGUUCACAGGUUCGACGGCUAACGGGUCCCUGGACGGAUUCUUCGGGACGACCAGACCCCGGGUUCCGUACAACGCGACGGCCGUGGUGUACAGCCACGUGGGACGGGCGCUCGCCCGGCUCUGGGACACGUUACCGUACGCCUUCGGCGGAACCAGCGUGAGGGACGUGCUGGCCCUGCGCUAUGACUCUACGGUCCGGUGCAAUCGUCCAAAGGCCGGACCGCGGACACGGACCCCCUGCACGGCCGGCGAGGUGUGCCUGUUUAACCUGGUGGCCGACCCGUGCGAGACCAACAACGUGGCCAAAAAGCACUUUACCGUCAGCACCCAGCUAUACGAAGCGCUCAAGUAUUACAAGCGGCUGCUGAUCCCGCAGACCAACCGGCCGUUCGACCCGGCGGCCAACCCGGCCCGGUUCAACAACACGUGGUCGUCUUGGGUGUACUGA